GUGCCGAACCGUUGCAGUAGCGAGUAAGGGGGGAGUAUAGAGAGAGAGUGAGAGAGUAAGCAAAUAGUGGCGCGAAGAGAGUCCUUUAAAUCAUUCAUAAAACUCCAAAUGUAAGCAGUGCUUUAGUGGCUUUCGGUGGCUUCCAGUUCGCAACAAAACAUCAAAGGAUCGCGGGAAAACAUUGUGCGCAAAACGGGCUGGCCCGUCGCCCUUCCAUCGCCGCUUUUGGAGCGUCGUUUUUGUAAUGUGCCUCCGUCUCUCUCUGUACCGCGAAUCUUGAUCAUAAAAGUAAUCGUCUUACUUAAGAUUUAACUUUCCGCGCCCUAGUUUCGGGGAACAACUUCUUGCUGCGAUUAUUCCGCGCAUCGAAACGUGUACAAAGCAGUUGACUCGUCUUGAAGGUGUAGAAUUCGUGGAAAAUUUGUCCCGCCACGCUGCAAUGGCGGCAGGAAUCCGGAUUGGUACUUAUUCCAGCGUGUUGAAACAGCUUCAUCAGAAUCCGUGGGGAGGGUGGCUUGUUUGCCGUGCUUGCAACUGUGUGUGCAGUGCGGGAAAAUGGAUUUAAUCCAACGGUAGGAUAGCAGCUAUGUUGCUACUAGGUUGUUUGCGUCGCAAGAAAGUCGGCUGGAAAACAAGCAUUCCUUGCUUGUUGUUCUGUUCGGAUGAUGGGAGAAGAGUUGCCCUUACCCCGGUUAAAUGUAGCUACUGAUUGUGCAGCAAUCACUGUUACAGUCGUUGCUGCUAAAUUUUGGCUCUAACUCACCUAUUUAUUGAUUGCCUUUAAGCAACGUUUAGUCUUCCCUCGUGACCAAACGCACCCGCGACGACCGAGCACCAGGAACCAGGAACAAAAAGGGAUCGCAAGAGAGGGAGCCGGCAAAGUGACGUUGCUGUAAGCCACAAACACACAUCAUCCCCGGUACACGGCCGUUGGACGGUUCGCGAGCUCCACCACCCAUUACUUAUGGACCAUUCGGAGCAUCACGACUACAGCCAGCACGCAAACAUGUCGAGUGGAGGAGCGCACGCAGGACAUACCGGGCACGGGACAGUGGACCACAGUGCACACGAUCACACGAUGAUGGAUCAUGGGGCGCACGAUCACCAUCACGGGGCGGCCGGCGGCAUGGGUGCGGCCAGCCCUGCCGGAAUGGUGCACCACAUGAUGUCGAUGUCGUUUCACGGCGGCUACGAUGAGACGAUUCUGUUCGAGCAGUGGAAAAUCGAUAGCCUGAGCGGGCUGCUCUGGUCGAUGCUGCUCAUCUUCGUGAUGGCCGCACUGUACGAGGGCUUGAAGUACUACCGGGAGCAUCUGUUCUGGCGAACGUACAACGCGCUCCAGUACCGCCCGGUCACCGUGACGGAGAAAAGCAACGGCAACGGUGUGACGGUGGCCGGCGGCACAGCGACCGACGACCGGGCCGGCGGUGCCGGCGUGGGCGACGGUCUCAAUGGAGCCAGCGGCACCGGCACGUCCGCUGAGGAGGGCGCCCGCAUUGUGCAACCGACGAUGCUGUCGCUGAUGCACCUGUUCCAAACGCUGCUGCACAUCCUACAGGUCACGUUAAGCUUCCUGCUGAUGCUGAUCUUCAUGACGUACAACACGUGGCUCUGUCUGGCGGUGGUCCUGGGUGCCGCCCUUGGGUAUUUCCUGUUCGGUUGGAAAAAGUCCGUCAUCGUCGACGUUACUGAGCACUGUCACUAAAAGACACCACCACCACCACCACCACCACAUCCCGCGAUCGGCAAUACAGCAUUCUGUCUGGCCCUGGCGCCGAUGGUGGUCACAUCGACCCGGCCCGAUGUUCUUCCAUAAUAGGCGUUCGGCCGUCAAACGACCUGUUUCUAUCGGCUGUUGAGAGCUAUGAACUAUGAAUUCUGUGGUUCUUUGUAGUGUAAAAAGGGGGAGGAGGUAGAAAAGUGGGAGGGCAAACAUCGAAAAACAAAAA